AUGAUCAAUUUUAUUCAUAUUAUUCUUUUUACAUUGGUUUCUGCUAAAACUAAUGAGGAAGAAUUGAGAGAAGCUGCUUGUGUUAUAUUUUCAAGAUAUAUACUCCAGGUUCAAUCACUCCAAGCUAGUCCACAGAUUGCAAAAUUGAUUAAGGAAUAGAAAUAUAAUUAGGAUGAUGCCAUUUACGUAGUCUAAUCAGCAGCACUUGAUAAAUGCUUAAUUAAUGUCAAAUAAAGAGAAGUCACUAGAGUAAUCGUUAUCUCUAUAAUCUAAGAUUUUGGAUGGAUUGUAAAAUCAAUAAUUAGAGUUGGAGAAAUACACUCAUCUCCAUGAAAAUAUUUAAUAUGACAGAUUCAUCAAUAAUAAGCAAGAAAUAGCUAAGCUAAAUUAAUUGACUGAAAUCAUAAAAGAUGUUGAAGAAUUAAUUCAAACACAAUGGUAGAAGAGACCAGAGGUUGAAAAGAGAAGGUAAGAAUAACGAGAAUCCGAAGAAAUGGAUCAAGAAAUUGUAGAUUAAUUAAAUGAAGUGCCACUGGUAGAAUAAUUUGAUCUCACCAAAUUUUCAUUGAAACACAUACUUCUUAAAAAUAAGGAAUACUUGAUUUUUGCUCUCUUUAUUUUAGUGCCAAUAGUCUUGAUAUUUAAUGGUAAUUUUAUGAAUAAUUCUUAAGUUUGUUGUAAAUCUAGAGAUCAAAAAGAUAAGAAGAGUUCUGAUAAAAAAUCAGUAAAGAAUGAAAAAAAGGAUUCAACAAAUUCAAACCCUGAAAAUAAGGAGGCAAAGGAGUCAUCUCCAGACAAAAAGACAGGCAAAAGUGAGAAAAGUAAAAGUAAAAAAGAAUGAUUAAAU